GUAAGUUUACACUUGCACUCAUCUCCAUAAUCUAGGAGGCCGGUCGACAUAACGGACGAACGGCUGGGUUGGCUUCUCCCUCCACGGAGACAAAUCAACCCAGAGUGGCACUUCACUGUGUCUCUGUCUCGCUCUCUGCAGUCCCCGGUGAUUGCCCUCUCGACACUCCGUAAAGAAAAGUCGCUUGCCACGAAGAUCCCCUACAAAAAGGUGCCCGUGUACGUUGUUUUAAUACACUGAAAUGAAAGUUCAUGGUAUCGUUCAGGGGCUAUAAGGAAGAUUCGGGUUUGCUGUAUCCGCAGCAUCUACACACGUUUUCACAACGUGCGGUCACCGAAGCCGGCGAUCGGGAAAACACAUGCUGUGACUUUAGUGAAAUAAAUGGCAGUCAAUCGCGAGGUAGCCAAUGCGCCUUUGUUCUGCCCGUUAUUGUUGUCUUGAGGUGUAUGUACACACCGCGGCGUGAGCCCCUGACAAAUUCCGCCGUUGGAUCGAGGGGUCACAGACACUCCAAAACUACUUUUCUUGAGUUUUGUUCGGACACUCCGGGAAGCAUCAUGCCAGUUGUCGCUCUGUCCUCUCAAAAGGUUGUCCCGCUGGUCUUUGUCUCCCUGAAGCCGGCAACACUUGCCAGUCUAGCCGUUGAUGCUUGGGGCUUGUCCGCAUCCCUGCUGGUGACGGCACGUCGAAGUUAGUUACCGGCAUUUUGUCCGCUCGUCUUCAGUGUCGCCAUGAGCAACGACCCUUGGCCAGUUUAUUUUGUUUCUGGAUUAACAGCAUCCCGGGCAUACUCUUGUCCUGUCCGCACCGCCGCCACCGCCAAGGGGUCUUCCUGUUAACACAGCCUUUGAUCGUUUGUCGUCCUUGCCACGAGCCAAUUUCCUCUGAGUUCCACAAUCGUUCACACGUUCUUUCCGUUCAUCUGUGUGUGCCUUUUCGGUGCAUUUUGUCCAAUACAAUCGUUUGUAUGCUGCGGCUCGUGCCAUCACACAAGACAGCGUACAGUCCAUUUUGUCGCAGUGUCCGUAGCGUCGCGGCGCUGCUUCCAUCUCCACUUGGCUUCUCCCCCAGAUUAUUGGGGACGUUUCGGUGACCGCAACAUGUACAGAGCUGCCAAAAUGACGGCGUCGUCGGCCCUGUUGCGUUCUUUCCUCCAGUAUUCCUGUACUCUCGUUCUGUGUUCUGGCUGGCUCGUUCCCUUCUCUGGGGCGGUUCCUCUUCCGUCUGGUCAUUUUUUAUCCCGCAUUCCCUCGCCAAAACCGUCUUUGUUUGGAGAUGGCACUGGCUCCUCUUCACGGUCUCCCUCUUUCGCCUCUCCUGAAACACAGAGUUUUGGCUCUACCGCCUCCCGUUCCCUGCGUGCGUCGCGCCAGACCCGGAACGCCUCACACUCUCCUGCCGCCUUUGUCUCAGCGCCCCGUCUGUCUGUUUCCUUCUUUUCUCCGGCCUUGCAAGCGAGCGACUCUCCCGGGAACGGUCAAACCUCUGGCAGAAACAUUUCGGGGCAUUUCGCUCCGCAGUCAGACAGGCUUAUCCACCGGUCCCCUGCUUCCCCGUCCUCGCUUCGAGGUCUAGCCACAGCAUCGCACCCAGGUGGAGCCGCAGAUGACGCCUUUGAAUCUUUCCGUGCGGAAACAGUCGCCCUUUUCCCAGGCCAAGGCGCCCAGACUGUUGGCAUGGGCGUUGCGUCCGCCCGCCAGUCGGCAGCGGCCAAGGCCAUCUUCACAGAAGCGUCUGAAGUCGUUGGACGAGACAUGCUAAAACUCUGCGAAGAAGGCCCUGAGGCGGAAUUGCACAAGACAGAAUGGGCUCAGCCUGCGCUGCUGACGGCGAGCAUGGCAGCUGUCGCACGCUGGAAAGAAGAGCAAGAGAGUUCAGAGUCGCCGGCGCCUGCGCCCAGCGCCUCUCUAGGUCUCUCCCUCGGAGAGUACAGCAGUCUGUGCUUUGCAGGAGCUCUGGCGUUUCCUUCAGCAGUGCAUUUGACGCGUCAGCGCGGCCUCCUGAUGCAGCGCGCGGGGGAGAGCAAUGGGGGCGGGAUGGCGGCUGUUCUGGGCUUGUCGCGGGAGGAAGCGUCUUGCCUUCGCGACGCUGUGAAUGCAGUUUUGCGAGAUCGCGACUCAGCAGAAAAAGGCGGGGAAUUGUGUGAGAUUGCCAACUACCUGUGCCAGGGAAAUAUCGUAUUUUCGGGGUCUUUGGCGGGCCUUGAGGUCCUCGAGGAACUGGCGUCGAAGAAGGUCACCCCAGAGGAAGCGAAGGCGAGAGGCUUCCCGAAGCCGAAGCGAGUCGUCCGCCUUAAAGUCAGUGGCGCCUUCCACAGCUGCCUCAUGCAGGAAGCCGCAGAGGGGCUGAGGAAGACUUUAGAAGAAACGGAAAUUCAAACCCCGAAAAUCCCUGUCGUCAUGAAUGUCGAUGCGCGAACGCAUGCAGACCCGCGCAUGAUCAAGCAACAACUCAUGCGCCAGCUUACAAACCCCGUUUUGAUGGACAAGAGUCUCGAGCUGCUCGUCGAUCGGGGCAUGCAGGAAGGCUUCGAGUUCGGCCCCGGAGGCGUCUUGGUGGGUUUGAUGAGGAAAACGCGGCAAGAAGUCAAAGUUCACCAAGUCGAGUGAGGGCCUUUCUAGGGAACGAACGCACAGAGGUGGAGUGGAGCGUGAGGAAACAACGCGGAAGUUGGAAGGAGAGGAAGCUGCCACGAAGACCUACUAAGCGACUGCGUGGUGUAGCACAAGAUGUGGAACCGGAGAAUGCGUUUCCCAUGACCGGAAAAACCCGGCGGCGCAGCAGAUCCGCUGAGAGCUGCGAAACGAACACAUGCUUUUGAUAGAGAGCGAGACACCGGCCGCUCUGAUUUCGCCGUCUAUUUCGAAUGCAUGCACACAACGGAAACGCGGCAGAGACCACGUCUAUUUUCUCAGGAAAGCCGCGCCACUGUUCUCACAGAUCUUUAGGCAGGUUCUAGGUUUGCUCGCGCAGAUGCCUUCUCGAGAGACUCCCAGAAGGGCGGCUUUCCUGGAGCACGUUUCAACAGACAGCAAGUCGCACUUCGUCAAGACGUCGUGUUAGCCUGCGUUGUUGUGGUAGAACGACCUUUCUUGCGUUUGCACGGUGGAUUUCGACUACUUUUGUUCUGGC